ACUGCUUUUAGUUAAUUUAAAUUUUUAAAUUUUUUUGUAAUUGGUUUUUAAUCUUCAUUAUUUACUUCAAGUUAUAACACUAUGUCUCUUUAUACUUUUUUAAAAAUAUAUUUAUACAUAUGGGCCAAAGGAACCGCAUUUCAAUUUCUUACACACACGUUAUUACAUAUGUUGGCCAGAGGGGGAGCAUUUCAAAUAUUUACACACACUUGUUAUUUCAUAUGUUGACUAAAAUUGAUUAACGCGGACCCGGACUUAAACAAGUUGAAAACCUUAUUCGGGUGUUACCAUUUAGUGGUCAAUUGUACGGAAUAUGUACUGUACUGUGCAAUAUACCAAUAAAAGUCUCAAAAGGGGAGCACUUUUAAAACCGACACACAGUCAAUUUGAAAAAAUCCCUCCUUUUUUGGGACCAACCUAAUUUUGAUAGAUUUCACCACCAGAGGUGCAAAUGAGACAUUCUCCAUUAGAUGCAAUGUUUUUUCUGUAUUGGAACCAUGAUUUCGGUCCUAACUUGUUCACCGGUCCUCAUAUGGAAAGUACUUUUCCUGGUUGAUGUCUCAAAGAGGGUAGAAAUACAGGAGCACGCAUGCACACACGCACACACACAGACACACACACACACACGCAUGCACACACGCACACACACACACACACACACACACACACACACACACACGACUACAAAGGCUUUCAUGUGUUAAAGGUUAUCAUGUCACAGUUGAUUCUCUAGGGCCUUAAUGUCAUAGUUGACUCUUUGAGUUCUCAUCUGGGAGUUGACUCUCAAGGCUCUUAUGCUGUGGUUGACUCCGUCCCAAGUCGAAAUUUCAACUGGAAUGCCCCUCGAGGUCGGACUUCCUCCUCAGAAAGUCGGAACAUUCUCAACACAUCCGGAUUCUAAGAUGGCUGUUCUGAAUGUAAAUAAAUAAAUGAUAAAUGGGUUGCACUUGUAUAGCACUUUUCUACCUUCAAGGUACUCAAAGCGCUUUGACACUACUUCCACAUUUACCCAUUCACACACACAUUCACACACUGAUGGAGGGAGCUGCCAUGCAAGGCGCCAACCAGCAACCAUCAGGAGCAAGGGUGAAGUGUCUUGCUCAGGACACAACGGACGUGACGAGGUUGAACCAGUGACCCUCGGGUUGCGCACGGCCACUCUCCCACUGCGCGACGCCGUCCCAUAAACAACAAUAUAAGCUUCUAUGAUAUCUAUUUUUAGCGCUUCUGAUCAGUUUUAUCGCACAAAAUCAGCCAUAUAGGAUGUAUUGUUGGACGAUUAUAUACGAUAGCAAUACUGUAGUGUAAAGUAUUUUUUUUAUGUGGUAUAUCUGUGUUGGCUCUGCAAUGAGGUGGCAAUUUGCCCAGGGUGUACCCCGCUUUCUGCCCGACUGCAGCUGGGAUAGGCUCCAGCAUCCUGAGAGUGACAAGCGGUAUAAAAUGGAUGGAUGGAUGGAUGGAUGGAUGGUAUACACAUUGUACAUCGCGAGCUAUAGCGUCUGUUUGCUCUUCAUCCGCUGCGUUUGAGGGUUGCAGAAAGAGUCUUUUCCCAUAAGUUGUUUAUAUUCAGACAAGGCAAGCGCAAAAAUAGCCAUCUUGAUUUACAAUCUUAUAACUAGACAUUCGCAAAUCGGCUGUGACUUCAUUCCAGGUUCCUACUUUGAAAAUCCCAGGUGAAUGAAAUGCACCAUUAGUUGACUCUCAAUAGUCUCAUGUAUCUCAAGUUCUAAUGAUUGAAUCUGAAGAGGUUCAUGUCCUAUUUGAAAGAGAUUUAUGUCACUCAUGCUGUAGUUGACUCUCUGGACUCGCAUGUCAUAGUUAGGUUGACUCACAAGGCUUUCAUGUCGACCUUGUUUUAAUGGUUGACUCUCGACGCUCUCAUAUUGUAGUUGACCCUUUAAGAUUCUUAUGCUAGUUGACUUUCUGAUCUCUUGUGCCACAGUUAACUCUCAAGGGUCUCACAUCCCUCAUUUUCUUGUUGUUGACUCUUUAGGCUCUCUUGUUGUUUCUGAUUCUCAAGGGUCUCAUGUCACAGUCAACUCUCAAUGGUCUCAUGGUUCUUAUGUCGUAACAAUUGACUCUUAAGGCUCUCAUAUUGUAGUUGAUUCUCAAGGUUCUUUUGCUGUAGUUGAAUUUCUGAGCCCCCGUACCAGAACUCUCAAGGGUCUUCUGUCUCUUGUCUUGUUAUGGUUGACUUUUCGUGUUGUAUCUGACUCAGCUCUAAUGUCAAAGUUAAACAGCAAGACUCUCAUGUUUCUCAGGUUGUAACAAAUGACUCUUGAGGCUCUCGUAAAGUAUCUACUUUUAAAGUAUCUCAUGUUGUUGCCUCCAAUUUUUUUUGUUGACUCUUGAGGCUCUCAUGUCAUUGUAGGCUUACAUGCCAUGGUUGACUCUCGAAGCUCUCAUAUUGCAGUUGACAUUUUAAGAUUCUUAUGCUACGUAGUUGACUUUCUGAUCCCUUAUGCCGAAGUUAACUCUCAAGGGUCUCACAUACCUCAUCUUGUUGUGGUUGACUCUUAAAACUCUCAUGUUGUUUCUUUUAUGUCUUAGUUGACUUUCAAGGGUCUCAUGUUUCUCCAUGUCGUAACAGUUGACUCUUAAGGCUCUCAUUCUGUAGUUGAUCCUCAAGGUCCUUAGGCUGUAGUUGACUUUCUGAGCCCCCAUUCCGCAGUUAACUCUCGCGGGUCUUCUGUCUCUCAUCAUGCUGUGGGUCUUGUCUUGUAUCUGACUCAGCUCUCAUGUCUUAGUUGACUCUCUAAUGUCAAAGUUAAAUCUCAAGAGUCUCAUGUUUCUCAUGUCGUGACAAAUGACUAUUGAGGCUCUCUUACAGUAGCUAUUUCUCAAGCAUCUCAUGUUGUUGCCUCCAAUGUUUUUUAGUUGACUGUUGAGACUCUCAUGUCAUUGUAGGAUUCCUUGCCAUGGUUGACUCUCUAGGCUCUCAUAUUGUAGAUAAAAGCAUGCAAACAGAGAAUUAUUAAAAUUCACAACAAUAAGCUACACUGACGUCUUGACAUCCAGUAAUAAGUCUGAAUUGUUGUGACCCAGUAGGGUGGUUGCUAUGACAGCAGCUCCUUAGUCACCCGGGAAACCGACACGACUAAUGAUUGACUCAACGAGCACGUGGCUCCGCCUCAGUUUGGGUCUUUAAUUGGAUCCAUAAUGCAGCAGCAUGGGCCUUGAAGUGUUAAUGAGGAGUAUUCAAGGAUGUUGGAGUGCACGACGGCUCCCUUUAUGUGGAAGAGGGCUGUAGCGAAGUGAGCCCUGACAAAGGCGGCGAAGGGAUGGGGCGGGGCAUGCAAGGGUGAGGUCGGUUUUGGGUCCGGACUCUCCCACACCAGAGCGGCCAAGUCUGCAGGUCAGAGCGCUUCCUGUCAGGUUGUAUGACACUGCAUGAAAACGUGCAUGUUUGUUUGAUUGAUUGAUUGAUUGACUGACUGAUUGGAGUCAACAAUGAUUUUGAUGUGAGGUCAUGUGUUUAUUUGAAAAAGCAAUAGGAGUGAUUGUUGCCUUUCCUCGUGCUAAAUUUUAUUUUAUCUCAGCAGUUGGUGAGGAACAACCUGGAGCGUGACUCCUUGCAGCGGUCGCUCAUCAUGGACACUUUUUUCCGUCGUCACUUUAGGAAAAAAGCAGGGGUCCUGCAGGGGAACGUGGCAUCCAAAGCCCACCGCCAGAGAAGAACCAGCAUGGUUGUCUUGACCGGCAAAGUCCGUAGGACGUCAAGCGUUGGCUUGCCCUCCUCCACCUUGACUCAGCGGCGGCGCUCCAGUGUCCACCUGCAGGGGUCACUGCCGGGAGACGAGGGUGCUGGAAAGAGUUGUAGACGCACCUUAAGUACAGCGAAUGGGCGCAGGCGCUCCAGCACCACCACCCCCAACGUCAACCCUCGCUUUGCCGUAACCCGCAAGUUGCGCACCAUAGACACGCCCCUGGUGGGCCCCUCCAUCCUACUGGCCAGUCUCAUCCAGAUGGCUGAAGAGGAUGAGGAGGAGGAGGAUGCGGUAGGAGCACAGCAUGUGGAACUAAAGGGCGAGCCCAACAACGGCAGCCAAUCAGACGCAAACAAGCUGUUUGAAGGAGAGGAGAACAUCACGUCCUCGCCCUCUUCAUCUUCUUCUUCUGUCUCCUUGGAGACAUCACGAGCGCUGACAUGGGCCCCUCGUUGCCUGCGCAGGAACUCAUCUCAGGUGUUUGCAGGAGACUCCACCCCCAAUGACCGCCCCUUUGCUGUAAGGAGGCGGAGGAGAGUGUCCACCGUCUCUAAGCCCCGUCGCAGGAGUUCUGUCUACUACAUCAACCACCCGGCCCAUUGCGGGGGCCUGGAGGACUGGAGCAUCCUUCUGUCGUAUGUAAACUGCGAGCUCCUGAUGACCACAUGGUCAUGUUAAUUCUUGACCUUGCAUACUUAACACGCUAAUUUGAGUGUCAACAGUCUUGGACCUGCGAGGAGACAAUCUGUUCGGGACAUGUUGAGGCAACAUGUUUAAAACUCAACAUGUUUUAUGGACCAGACAACAUUUGUCCUC